CGGACCAGGCAACGGUGGCCUCACCAGGUCCCCGCCUUCUCGCACGGCCCCGCCCCAAAAGCGGGCUAUAAAUUUACUUCUCUCCCAGUCUCGCUGUGCUCGCCGCCAGUGGUCGCACUCGGAGGGUCCUGCCUCAAGUUGAGGAGCCAUCGCCACUCUCUGACCAUGGCUGAGGAGCUGAUUCUGGAGCGAUGUGACCUGGAGCUGGAGGCCAAUGGCCGUGACCACCACACGGCCGACCUAUGCCGGAAGAGCCUGGUGGUGCGGCGGGGUCAGCCCUUCUGGUUGACACUGCAUUUUGAGGGCCGGAGCUACGACGCUGGUGUGGACCGUCUCACCUUCAGUGCGGUGACGGGCCCAGACCCCAGCAAGGAGGCCGGGACCAAGGCCCGAUUCCCGCUGUCCGGCGCUGUGGAGGAGGGUGCCUGGGCAGCCACCGUGGUGGACCAGCAGGACAACGCUCUCUCACUGUUGCUCAGCUCCCCAGCCAAUGCCCCCAUCGGCCUGUACCGCCUCAGCAUGGAGGCCUCCACCGGCUACCAGGGCUCCAGCUUCGUGCUUGGCAACUUCACACUGCUCUUCAAUGCCUGGUGCCCAGCGGAUGCUGUGUACCUGGACUCAGAGGAGGAACGCCGUGAGUAUGUCCUCACUCAGCAGGGCUUCAUCUACCAGGGCUCGGCCAAGUUCAUCAAGAACAUACCUUGGAACUUUGGGCAGUUUGAAGAUGGGAUCCUGGACAUCUGCCUGAUGCUCCUGGACGUCAACCCCAAGUUCCUGAAGAACGCAGGCCGAGACUGCUCCCGCCGCCGCAACCCUGUCUACGUGGGCAGGGUGGUGAGCCGCAUGGUCAACUGCAACGACGACCAGGGUGUGCUGCUGGGGCGCUGGGACAACAACUACGGGGACGGUGUCAGCCCCAUGUUCUGGAUCGGCAGCGUGGACAUCCUGCGGCGCUGGAAGACCUACAGCUGCCAGCGCGUCAAGUAUGGACAGUGCUGGGUCUUCGCUGCUGUGGCCUGCACAGUGCUGCGGUGUCUUGGCAUCCCCACCCGUGUGGUGACCAACUAUAACUCUGCCCAUGACCAGAACAGCAACCUGCUCAUCGAGUACUUCCGCAAUGAGUCUGGGGAGGUCCAGGGUGAUAAGAGCGAGAUGAUCUGGAACUUUCACUGCUGGGUGGAGUCAUGGAUGACCAGGCCAGACCUGAAGCCUGGGUACGACGGGUGGCAGGCCCUCGACCCCACGCCCCAGGAGAAGAGCGAAGGGACCUACUGCUGUGGCCCAGUUCCGGUUCGGGCCAUCAAGGAGGGCGACUUGACCCCCAAGUACGACGCACCCUUUGUCUUUGCUGAGGUCAACGCCGAUGUGGUGGACUGGAUCCAGCAGGAGGAUGGGUCCAUGCACAAGUCUGUCAACCACUCCCUGGUGGUGGGACUGAAGAUCAGUACGAAGAGGGUGGGCCGGGACGAGCGGGAGGACAUCACCCACACCUAUAAGUACCCCGAGGGCUCCCCAGAGGAGAGGGAAGCCUUCGAGAGGGCCAACCAUCUGAACAAGCUGGCUGAUAAAGAGGAGACAGGGCUGGCCAUGCGGAUCCGUGUGACCGAGAGCAUGAGCAUGGGCAAUGACUUCGAUGUCUUUGCCUUCAUCUCCAACAAUACCGACGAGGAGCACCUCUGCCGCCUCCUGCUGUGUGCCCGCACUGUCAGCUACAACGGGAUCCUGGGGCCCGAGUGUGGUGCCAACAACAUACUCGAACUUCCCCUGGAGCCCUUCAGUGAGAAGAGCAUUCCCCUUCGCAUCCUCUAUGAGAAGUACGCUGACUGCCUGACGGAGUCAAACCUCAUCAAGGUGCGGGGCCUCCUCCUGGACCAGGCUACCAACAACUACCUGCUGGCUGAGCGGGACAUCUACCUGGAGAAUCCAGAAAUCAAGAUCCGGAUCCUGGGAGAGCCCAAACAGAACCGCAAACUGGUGGCUGAGGUGUGCCUGCGGAACCCACUUACCGUGCCCCUGACCGGCUGCAUCUUCACCGUGGAGGGCGCUGGCCUGACCGAGGAGCAGAAGGUGGUGGAGAUCCCCGACCCUGUGGAGGCAGGGGAAGAAGUCAAGGUCAGGGUGGACCUGCUGCCACCGCUCAUGGGCCGCCACAAGCUGGUGGUGAACUUCGAGAGUGACAAGCUGAAGUCCGUGAAGGGCUUCCGGAACGUCAUCAUUGGCCCUCCCUAAGGGGCCCCUGCCGGCCCUGCCCUGAUCAGCUGAGAGCCCCAACUUGACUCCAAUCUUUGUCCCAAACUAAUGAGCAAAAUUUGCCCCUUCUUGGGCCGCAGGCCCCAGGGCUGGCAUAGGAUGCCAUAGGGUUCUUCGGCAUAGAAUGUGCUUCUGGCCCAUCUUGUCCCCUUGAACCUGGUUCCUCACCCCCCUGACCUAAAAAAAGUGUUCUGUGCCUCCCCAGUGGGAGGACUGGGCCUGGGGCUGGGGAGGAUGGCCCAGCCUUGCUUUCCAGCCCAUGUGUCAUUUGGAACGCAACCAACCAGGCACCAUAUUGCUUGAGCUACUCCAUAGUCUCUUGGAGCAAGUGAGAGAGAGAGAGAGAGAGAGAGAGAGAGAGAGAGAGAGAGAGAGAGAGAGAGAGAGAGGAGAAUGCAUGCACAUGCCAUUGGUUGGAUCAAGGACGUCAGCUCCCUGGAGUGCUCUAUUGCAUUUCCCCACAUAGUGCCUGGGUACCAGGUGUGGAUGGGAAGGGUCCCAGCAAUAGGCCAGGCCCAAGCUCCCUGCCCCAUCCCAGCAGUCCUGGCCCGCAACCCACCAGCCUCCUCACCAUUGUGAGACACCUACUAUGUGCCUGCCUUCCUGUGCUUGCUGGUGCUCACUUGGCCACCAACCCAUUUCAUCGCUGUGAGAAACUGCAGAGUGAAAACUUUGCUGAUGAGGAGGCUGAGGCUCCGAGAAGGGUGGUGGCCCACUUUGCAACAGACAGCUGGUGGAUCUUUGCAUGACUAAGUCAGGUGAAGGUGCAGGAAUGGAGCCCAGGUCUUCUGAUUCUGAGUCCAGUGCCCUGUUUGUGAUAGCAGCCCUGAACUGAGGAUGCCAGAGAGGUCAGCUGGGACCUGACCCAAAAGGACCUGGUUGGGACAAAGAAGUGGGGAGAGAAUUGGAAAGGUCCAAGCCCAGGGUGCCAACAGACACUGUCUCCCCCUUUCUGAGACCUCAGUUUCCUCAUAGGCAAAGGAGGGGUUGAACCAGCUCCUCGCUGAGGCCCUCCCAGCUCUGCACUUUUGAUGCCUAUGUGACCCAGCCUUGCAACUUAUAGAAGUCCUACUUCUGGCUCCUUAGCGCCUUCAGUCACAGGCCCAGGAUAUUCCUGAGCAUGAAACUAUGACCGUGACCACCCGCCUACCCCAGCCCUGUCCAUGUCCCCACCUGAAUCCAGACAUCUUUUUCAGACUCCAGUUCUAGAAAACAGCCCUGGAGGCCCCUGUUCCACCCACGAGCCUGCCUACCACAAUGCCUAGACUUCACAAAAGCCUUAGCUGCCUGAGCUGGUCACUAACCCACAGGGUGGUAGCUUGGCUACUGCAUCUGCAGGGCCAGGUCCGUGGACACAGCCCUUGCCUCUGAAUCAGCUCAGGGAGCACAUGCAUCUUCAUCUCUGAUAACGUACCUCCCACCUGAUUGGGCUUCCUCAGGCUGGAGAGAGGAGAGGGGACAAUUCUUUAUGUGAGCUGGGGUCAUCUCCAGGGCCCCCCAGAUCCUAGAGAGCAAUUUGGGGGAAGUCACGCUGAUGCACGUAGAACUUUUUGCUUUGCACAGAGAAGAAUCACAAAAUGAGCCGACGUGUGUAUGUUCUAUAUAAAUAUAGCUUUAUUUCUUGGUGGUUUAUAAAUGCUUUUGGAUACCAAGCAGGCAGUAGAUGUGCUUUUGAGCCACAAGGAGCAAACACUGAAAUAAAAGAGUUUAUUUUUCACAUUCAGACAAGGUCUAAUCUUUAUGCUUUCAAAGGAGUGGGGUGGGUGAACUCACCCCGGGACCAGCAUCGUCCCACCUAAGCCUUUCCUGAGUCUCAGUUCCUUGUCCAGGUCCAAACUGGCAUUCAAGGCUCUACAUGGUCUGGAUCCAUUGCCUGCCCCUUCCUUGAACAAACAAUGUUUGGGCUUCAGUGAAAUUACUAUGUCCUUCCCAAUGCCCUGAGUGUUCUUUUAAACUUCCUAGCUUUUGCAGUGUGUUUCUCUGACCCUGGAGUCCCUGCUCAUUCCAUAAUGCUUGACACAAAAGUGGCUUCCUUUGUGAAACUUUCCUAGAUUUCUGCUCAGAGCACUGGAACAGGGGCCAACUUAAACACUUAGCUCCAUGUUAGUCUAUCUGUCUGCCUCCCAUCCUGAGAUCCUCAAGGGAAGUCACCAAGUAUCUCUUAUGUAAAUACUAAUAAAUGCUUAGCUGGUAAAUCAGUG